AUGUCUCGAGAGGGCGCAGGAAGGGUUGAGAGAAGGGCUUCGGCCGCUGUCCAGAUCACGGCCGAGCAACUCCUCCGCGAAGCUGCUGACUUCCAGGAGAAGGCCGCGCCGAAGCCGAAGCAGCGCAUCGAAGACUUUGAGGAGUUGCACGGUUACCGGGCGAGGGAGCGGCAGGAGUUUGAGGAGGUCAUCCGGCGGACACGAACCAACAUCCAGGCGUGGGUCAAGUAUGCGAACUGGGAGGCAAGCCAGAACGAGUUCCCGAGGUGCGCACACAUGCAUGACGUUUGA